AUGUCUCACUCUAACAACCCGUUUUUGACGGCCGCCAGCGUGCCCGACAUCCACAUAGUGCCUCCCGCAGCGGAGCAGACGCCACCUCCGUUGCCCCCACUCCCUUCACGGCCUGCAACGCCCAAUUCCCCGGCAAACUCGCUCAUCUCCGAGGAGGAGGUCCUUGCAAACAUGCCACCCUCGCCAAAGUACACGGAAGUGCCUUCGCCAGGCGAAAUCAGCAUACCUAAUAACCAGGCAAUCGACCCGUUAUCCAUUAAUGACACCCGUCCGACGGCUGAUCCGCCAGCGUACUUGGAGACGUCUUUUUUGGAUGAGCCGCCAUUCACAGACGACGAGCGCCCACCCUCAACCCCACAAAGGCCGCCUCAACGCCCACCUAGGCCUUCACGCCGUUCGCACUCGACGCCGCCAGCACGGUCGCGGUACCAGCGCCCUUAUGCGCAGCCUCCAGGCCAGCCACCACGGCCGUUGCAUCCAGUCUAUGCCCCGCCUCCCACGCAAUACCUGGGGGCCACCGUUUCUUCUCCAAAUAGGAGGACCCCAUCGCCAACGUUACCGCCACGUAACUAUUACCGUUAA